UGACAUGUGAACAUGUGACUUGUCAGCUGCACAGACCUUAAUUGUAAUAGGCUUGUUAAAAUCCAGGUGAUCAUUUCAUUGACCUGUUUUAUCCUAUCCCUCUAAUCAUCUGUUGGGCUCGCACCAAACGCACUAACUCUUUUAGGACCUGACCGGAAUUCCCAGCAACCUCGUUAGCUUCCCACCUACACUAGUGGAAAUGGCUAGUUGUGAAAGAGGAUACCAAAUGACCCUUUCUUGGGUACCUUAUCGGGGUGGACCACUCCCAGAUAGAGCCAUUGAAGCUGGAGAUGGUGUCUACGUGUGCAGAGCGAAACAUGAGGGAGAAAUGAUCCCCGGCAAGUUCGUCAGUUGCUACAACACUGCCUACACUGCCUACGGAGGAAUCGAGCAUAAAAAACAGCACUUUGAAUUUCUUUGCGAUUCAGCAGUUGGUGACAUUCAAUCGCACCAAUGGAAACCGGAUAGCGAUGGAAAGACUCAUCACCAUACGGUGGUCGGUGGAAUCACUGUGAACGGACGUCCAUCAUACAUCGCAAGGACAAGCAUCGAUGGAGAAAUCGUGGUGGGCAGAGUCCUUGAAGAGCACGGGUGCGCCUCUUUCCCGUACGGGGGUCGAGAAGUUCGGAAAAGGCACUACGAAGUACUGAUUUGGGAGAAGUAG